ACACGCACAUAGACAGUUACAGAUAGACACACAUAGACUAGAGGGGCCUACCAGACAAAGUCAGGAUGUGACAUCAUUUACAGGAAGAGAAGCCAAACAACUUUUUUCCUUUACUUUUUGAGCCUAUGCAGUGUUGGUUGGUGAAGUUGGAGCCUUUACGUCUGUCUGACUGGGAGGGAGCUUACAGAGGAACUGUGAACAGAUCAGCUUUUAUUGUAAUCUUCAGGGAUUUUAAAGUCAAGGGCAGCAAAAGAGAGAUUCUCUUUGGCGUUCCCAGGACUUUCCACAAAAUUCCAAGCCCUCCACUCUGGGAUCCUAGCCAGAGUCGUUCCUUUCUGGGAUCCAUUGUCACUAAAGAGUUCAACUUAAAAAGUUUGUGGAAUUUUAUCAAAUUAGGCAAUGAGACCAGACUAAUUUAAUUGCAGGAACCACACAAAUGCUCACAGAUAACACAGACACCCUUAAACCAUACACUAUAAAGAUUCCUCCACUUCAAGUCCACGAUUAAGACACUAUGGCUUUGUGUCUCGGACAAGUGUUUAGUAAAGAUAAAACGUUUAGGCCUCGGAAGAGGUUUGAACCCGGAACCCAGCGCUUUGAGCUGUACAAGAAAGCCCAGGCGUCUCUUAAGUCGGGUCUGGACUUAAGGAAGGUGGUUCAGCUACCGGAGGGGGAGAGUAUCAACGAUUGGAUUGCUGUUCACGUAGUAGACUUCUUCAACCGUAUCAACCUGAUCUACGGUACGGUCAGCGAGUUCUGCACAGAGCGCACCUGCCCUAUCAUGUCCGGGGGUCUUCGUUACGAGUAUCGGUGGCAGGAUGGGGGUGAAUAUAAGAAGCCCACCAAGCUUCCAGCUCUGAAGUACAUGAACCUGCUUAUGGACUGGAUUGAGACACUAAUCAACAAUGAGAACAUCUUCCCCACCAGAGUAGGUGUUCCUUUCCCCAAGAACUUUCAGCAGGUGUGCAAGAAGAUCCUGAGCCGUCUCUUCCGGGUCUUUGUACACGUCUACAUCCACCAUUUCGACAGCAUCUGCAGCAUGGGGGCCGAAGCCCACAUCAACACCUGCUACAAACACUAUUAUUACUUCAUCUCUGAGUUUAGCCUCAUUGAGCACUCAGAGCUAGAGCCACUGAGAGCAAUGACAGAGAAGAUCUGCAACUAAACAUAUUGGACAAUGGCGUUUUCAUCGUUUUAGCAUUCCUGAGCCCUUCAACAGAGCAAUAGCUUCAAUAACAACACUCAAACCAAGAACAAUUUUUUUACUUGAGUGUUUUUUGGUGUGAAGUGGAUGCCCUUUUGUGCAGUACUGCAUCGUUCACAAACUGUAAAUGUUUAAGUGAGUAGUAUAAGCUGAAGUACUGUCCAAAUCUUUAUUUUGGUGCUAUUUAAAAACGUGACUAACUUUUGCUUUUGUUUUUUUGCUUUAAUUAUUUCCAGAUUGUAUUAUACUUUUAUUUAGUUUGUCAAACUUAUAGUUUUGCGAUUGAUAAUUCCAAUGACUUAUUUUCGCAUGGGAUGAAAAGUGUUUUUGUCGUAUGAGCUUCAUAAUAACCAGAAAGUGUUUCGUAUGUCAUUAGUUCUUUUAGACAGUGACCUAAAUAAAACUUUCCUGGGAAUGAAAGGACAAAAAAUGCUCUCAUCG